AUGGCAGCCACCAUGGGCUUGGAAGUAAAAGUCCCUUGUGAUUUCUGGCUGUUGGAAGAACUCAAAGAAGGCCAGAAAGGAGUAAGAGAUGGCACAGCUAGCUGGGAUCUAAACAAUAACAAUGACAGGACACUUACAAUAUGGACAUGGAUGAUGAUUGGGCCACCAAGGGUGGACCCAAGAACCAUGUCAGUGCUAGCAGAGUGGCCGGAUUCAUGUAGCAUCAGAGUUGUUCUGCAAGAGCUUUGGUGCCUAACGGUGUCUAAAGAAAAUAUGAAGCUCCCCCAGCUGCCUGAGACACUCCCUGGUAGUUCAGGUGGUAAAGAAUCUGCCCACAAUGCAGGAGACCUGGGUUCAAUCCCUGGGUUAGGAAGAUUCCCCUGGAGAAGGAAAUGGCAACCCACUGUGAACCUGAGAACUCUGCCAAAGAAGGUUCACUCUUCUAACAAGGCAAAACUGGGGACCUCUCGGUGCUUUGUGAGAAUCAUCUUUGGAUGA